CACAUAUAAGUUUUCUGUUUUGAGAUAACUCACUGCUUCUUAUGUCGACUGUGUUCUUCUACGCACGAUUGUGCAAGGCUUCUUCUGCGUUAGUUUUCUGUUCUGCACUUCGUGUGGGAGCUCCCAGCUUUUUCACGACUUUACUACACACCAAGGUAUGGGUUAUGAAAUUAUUUUAAUUACUUUUUAGUGGUGUGUUGGUGCUUAUCACUUCAUGAGUGAAAUUUAGUGGCUGUACAAAUUUGGUGCGUUGUCAUAUGAUAUAGAUUCCAAUUUAGUUGAAGCUUGCGCAUUUCAUGUUCCUACGAUAAUUUCAACAUUAUCAGUGGAAAGAAAGCUCCCACACGGUGGUUCAAGAUUUGGUAGAAUUUAUACCCGACGUGAUAGAAAAAAGCGUCGUGAUAUAAUAUUUAGUGAUUAUUUCAUAGGCGAGCAGUCAAAGUAUACACCAGACACAUUUCGUCGUCGGUUUCGAAUGGAUAUUGAUUUAUUCAAACGAAUUAUGCAAGCAGUCGAGAGUUAUGGUGAUUACUUUACUCAAAAAGUGGACGCGGUUGGAAAUAUGGGGUCGAGUCCUUUGCAAAAAGUGGUAGCAACAAUACGCAUGGAUGUUCAACUGAUUCUCUUGAUGAAUACGUGCAAAUUGGAGAGAGCAGUGUAAUUGAAUGUUUAAAGAAAUUUUGUGAUGCUAUAAUAGGAUUAUUUGAAGAACGCUAUUUAAGGAAACCAAAUGAAUCGGACAUUAGCAAAUGGAAAAUCUCGUGGAUUUUCCAACUCUUAUUCUAGAGAUUGUAGCCGGACAUAAUUUGUGGAUUUGGCAUGCAUUCUUUGGCAUGGCCGGUACCAAUAAUGAUGUUAACGUUCUUGAUAGAUCUCCCUUAUUUGAUGAUAUCAUUAAUGAUGUUGCCCCAACAUGUGAGUUCAGAGUAAAUGGUCAUCAAUAUAACAUGGGAUAUUACUUAUCUGAUGGUAUCUAUCCACAAUACGCCACUUUAAUUCAGACAAUUUCACAACCAUGUUCUGUGAAGGAAAAGUUAUUCGCCAAACGCCAAGAAUCAGUACGAAAAGAUGUAGAAAGAGCAUUUGGAGUGUUACAAAGUCGGUGGCACAUAGUUAAAGGACAAGCAUGUAUGUGGAGUGCCAAAGAUUUGGGGAAAAUAAUGAAGACAUGCAUCAUUUUACAUAAUAUGAUUAUUGAGAAUGAGUGUGGUCAAGGAAUCAACCCUAAAAAUUGGCAACCAGAUAAAGAAGAAGUUCCCCAAAAUGUUACUUUGGAACACGAUUUCACUUUUCUCAUCUCAAUGAUGAAUAGUAGAAUGAAACAAAUACAGAGCAAAUCAACUCAUAUGAGCUUGAAGCGUGAUCUCAUCGAUCAUUUGUGGCAAAUAUAUGGCAGCAAUGAAGUUGAUUGAUGUAUUAGUCAUUUGAUAAUAAAUCUUGAUCAUUAAUUUUGUAGUGGAUGUUUUUUAGUAUUAUUUUGUA